CCUGAACGUUCUCCAGGCGCCGGUCUCUUUUUUCUGUCUUCUUGUUUCCCUCCGCCGAGUCGGCGCCACUGUGAAUUUCCGUUUCCGGCGGUGUCCAAGCGGACCUGAGAAGUCGUAGUCGUGAGCAGGUUACAGUUACUUGUUAUUGGUAAGUAGCCACUAUGGAAACUAAGGACCAGGGAAACAGAAAGAAAAACAAUGGACCCAAAGCUGCAAAGAAAAAGAAGCGGCAUCUGCAGGAUCUCCAGCUAGGAGACGAAGAUGCCCGGAAGAGAAAUCCCAAAGCUUUUGCAGUUCAGUCUGCUGUGGGGAUGGCUCGAUACUUUCACAGCAGCCUUACCAGAGUAGGAAUCAUUCCUGCCCUCAUUUUAUGGACAAGAAAACUGAGGUCAAGAAAACAAGUUACCUCCAAUCAUAUAACCAGUGUCAGGAUUUGAAGACAAAAAAGCAUCAUAUUCCAGUGGUUGAUCGAACUCCACUGGAGCCCCCACCAAUAGUGGCAGUGGUGACGGGGCCUCCAAAGUUGGAAAGAGCACUUUGAUAUAAUGCCCCAUUUGGAACUUCACCCGUCAGAAGUUGACUGAGAUCAGAGGCCCUGUGAGGAUCGUGUCAGUAAUAGGUAAAAAGCACAGACUCACCGUUAUUGAAUGUGGGUGUGACAUUAACAUGAUGGUUGAUCUGGCUAAAGCCGCAGAUCUGGUACCAAUGCUUAUAGAUGCCACUUUGGGUUUGAAAUGGAAACCUUUGAGUUUCUAAACAUCUGUCAAGUACAUGGCUUUCCUAAAAUUAUGGGAGUUCUCACCCACCUCAACUCCUUCAAGCAUAAUAAGCAACUGAAGAAGACAAAGAAGUGAUUAAAACACAGCUUCUGGACAGAAGUUUACCAGGGUGCCAAGCUGUUCUACUUUUCUGGAAUGCUGCAUGGAGAAUAUCAAAACCAAGAAAUGCACAAUCUGGGCCGUUUUAUUACAGUUAUGAAUUUUAGGCCUCUCACAUGGCAAACUUCUCACCCUUAUAUCCUGGCAGACAGGAUGGAAGAUUUGACAAACCCAGAGGAUAUCUGAACAAACAUCAAAUGUGACCGGCAGGUGUCACUUUAUGGUUAUGUAAGAGGAGCGCACUUGAAAAAUAAAAGCCAACUUCACAUGCCAGUGUCAGAGAUGACUUUGGAUUCCCAGUUCUGUGUGUUCCUGUCUGGCUCCUGAACCCAGCAGGAGAGGACUAAAAAUCUCAGGAAGCUGGUGAUGGAUGAAAACCUUAGUCCACCUGGCACUGCACGAGGGGCCAGGUGAGGAGCAGCAUCAUAAGCUACAGGGUGGGGCAGCCCAGGCAAGGGCAUUCUGAACUGUUGGGGAGGGGUGGCAGCCAGGGUGGGGCACUAUGAGCUUUCGGGGAGGGCAUUGUGUGCCACAUGCCUGGGCUCCCACCUGGGCCAGUGGGCUUCAGUCUGUAGGUGACUACAGAAGGAGGAGGAGCUCUGUCUGUUCUCUCUUCAGGCAGUUGUUGUGUCUCUCAGUGCUUGUUGGGUUCACAACCUAUUAAAUAAGUCGACUGGUCUUCACCCUCCCAGACAAGUCAACUCGGGGAGGUGGCAGGGUGCAGGCCUUGGUCCGGGCCCCGGGCCCCAGGCUGUGAGGUAGGCAGGUGAGCAGUGGGCAAGACCAUCUCUGCAAGUGCAGCAUAGCCUCGGCCUAGGGCAGUGGGAGUGCGAGGCCAAAGCUGUGAGCAGGGGCACAGGUGGUGGCAGACAGUAGAGGCGUCCCAUGGGGAGCAUACUGACCUGUUAUGUGCGCCCCAGGGCCAGCCACGAGUUUGACCAGCUGCGGGGGUCAGUAUGUCCCUCUGAGUCUGAGAUCUAUGAGACGGGAGCUGGGGACGGGAUGGCAGGAGCUGGGGACAGGAUGGCAGGGGCACCCAUGGCUGCUGCUGUGCAGCCUGCUGCAGUGACUGUUGAAGUUGGUGAGGACCUCCACAUGCACCACAUCCAUGACUGGGAGAUGCCUGAAGCUUUGGAGUUUAACCCUUCUGCUAAUCCAGAGGCAAGCACAAUAUUCCAUGGGAACUGUCAAACAGAUGCUUUGGAGUUUAACCCUUCUGCCAAUCCAGAGGCAAGCACAAUGUUCCAGAGGAACUCUCAGACAGAUGUUGUAGAAAUAAGAAGAAGCAACUGUACAAACCAUGUAUCUACUGUGCGUUUCAGUCAACAAUACAGCUCAUGUUCGACAAUAUUCCUUGAUGACAGCACAGCCAGCCAGCCUUAUCUUACAAUGACAAUAAUAUCAGUGACCUUGGAGAUACAUCAUGAUAUCACGCAAAGAGAUGCAGAUGGAUCUUUGAGCAUAUUUGAUGAACAGUUAUACUCGUUUAUGUUAAGUGGCACUUUUAUUGCGGUUUCCACCGUGCACAUUACCCAGACAAGAAAUGGAGGUGGGAGUUUUAGUAACGAUUCCUCCUCCAUUCCAUCGACUCCCAGCACCAGCCAGGAGGACCUUCAGGUCAAUGUUCCUCCCACUGCUGACACACCCACGCCCGUUCACAAUCGAUCCAAGCGCUGGUCCAAGCUGUUUACAUCUGAGAAAGGGAGUGACCCAGACAAAGAGAACAAAGCCCAGGACAGCCAUGCUGACACCAUCGGGAGCGGCAGAGCCAUCCCCAUUAAACAGGGCAUGCUCUUAAAGCUAAGUGGGAAAUAGCUAAAGAAAUGGAAAAAGAAAUAUGUCACCCUCUGUGACAAUGGCGUGCUCACCUAUUAUUCAAGCUUAGGUGAUUAUAUGAAGAAUAUUCACAAAAAAGAGAUUGACCUUCAGACAUCUACCAUCGAAGUCCCAGGAAAGAGGCCACCCCUAGCCACACUGGCCUGUGCGCCCAUUUCCAGCUCUAAAAGCAAUGGCCUAUCCAAGGACAUGAACAGUCUACGUAUGUCAGCCAAUUCAGACACCGGGCUGGGUGACUCUGUAUGCUCCAGCCCCAAUAUCUCCAGCACCACCAGCCCCAAGCUCAACCCACCCCCCUCUCUUCAUGCCAACAAAAACAAACACCGAAGGAAGAAAAGCACCAAUAGCUUGAAAGAUGAUGGCCUGUCCAGCACUGCUGAAGAACAAGAAGAAAACUUUAUCAUUGUGUCCCUCACUGGCCAAACGUGGCACUUUGAAGCCACGAUGUAUGAGGAGCGGGAUGCCUGGGUCUAAGCCAUCGAGAGCCAGAUCCUGGCCAGCCUGCAGUCAUGCAAGAGCAGCAAAAGCAAGUUCCGGCUGAUGAGCCAGCGUGAGGCCAUGACCCUGCAGUCCAUCCAAAACAUGUGUGGGAACUCCCACUGUGUGGACUGUGAGACCCAGAAUCCUAACUGGGCCAGUUUGAACUUGGGAGUCUUCAAGUGUAUUGAAUGCUCAGGGAUCCACCGUAAUCUUGGCACCCACCUUUCCCGAGUCCGAUCUCUGGACCUAGAUGACUGGCCAGUUGAGCUCAUGAAGGUUGUGUCAUAUAUUGGCAAUGACCUAGCCAACAGCGUCUGGCAAGAGAGCAGCCAGGGGCAGACAAAACCAUUAGUAGACUCCACAAGGGAAGAGAAGGAGUGGUGGAUCCGUUCCAAAUAUGAACAGAAGCUCUUCCUGGCCCCACUACCCUACACGGAGCUGUCCCUGAGCCAGCACCUGCUGCAGGAUCCCAAUGAGGACCUGCGGACAGCCGUCCUGCUGCUGGCACAUGGCUCCCAGGAGGAGGUGAAUGAGACCUGUGGGGAGAGAGACAGCUGCACGGUGCUCCAUCUGGCCUGCCGCAAGGGGAAUGUGGUCCUGGCUCAGCUCCUGAUCUGGUAUGGGGUGGACAUCAUGACCUGAGAUUCCCACGGGAACACAGCGCUGGCCUACACCCGGCAGGCCUCAAGCCAGGAGUGCAUCAACCUACUGCUGCAGUACGGCUGCCCCAACGAGCGCAUGUAGUAUCUGUUUAAUUUUAUUUGACUGCAGUCUCCUUGGUGCAAAAACAAAAUAGGGAAAAUAAAUAAGAAUAACUCAGAAAUUCAAAAGGAAAUCACAAAUUCAGCUAAUAAUAGCAUUUUCAGUACAUUUUGUAAACUAAGUAAAUACACAAAAAGUUGAUUUUUCUGACUAUAAGAGAUAUUUUAUGUCCUUUUGCUGAAGUGGAUGUGUUAGUUUCAGGCCCUCCUGGGCCACAUUGCCCAAGUCACACAGGCUUCUGUAUUAUGUAUUUAGAUAAGAUGUGUGAAAAUAUAUUUGAAAAAAAGUUCAUAAAUACGCGUUGAUUUUUGUA